AUGCCUCGUAAGGUGGACCCCAAGAAGUUGAACCCUCUCCAAUACGUGAAAGAAACUGUCGUCGUCAUUGGUGAUGAAAGAGUGUCGAAGUGGUAUUGCCAGUUUGAUGAUGGUGAAUGCAAGUUCGGAGGAGAGUGGGCUCGCAAACGGCUCGACAAGUUCAGGGAUCACUUGACGAGUAAACAUAGUUUGAAGCAUCCCAACUGUGGCGAUUCUGAUGAUGAUACUCACGGAGCUCCUCGCAAAAGGGAGCGCAAGAGCCCUCACGAGAACCGAAGCAAGAGGAGCUGCUCAUCACCCAAGAGACGUCAGGCGAAACUGACUCGAUAUAUGGUGGCCUGUGCUCCGGAGGAGCGCGUGGAGGCCUUCCAUAAAGCUUUAGUGGUGGGCUUGGUGAGAUCUGGCGCGGUAUGUUUCCUAAGGAUGCUCGAUCUUCCGUUGGUAAAGGAAGCAAUCGACACUCUCAGCCCCGGCUAUAGUCAAGCAGAAGUCUCCUUCAGUGAUAGCGUCAAUAAAGUUGUUGACGAGUAUUGUGCCCGGGCUGUGCUAGAGCUUACAUCUUUGGCGAAGUCCAACAACAACGAGAUAUCGCUGACUCUAUACUCGUGGGGUUCGAAUGAGCGGUCUAUGGCCGGACUUUGUGGUGUGGUACUGGAUCGGAGCACGGGAAUCUUCCGUUCUAUACCGCUCAUCGUCCGUAAUAUCGAACUAAGACUCUCCCAAACCAUAACGCAUCAAGAUGUUGUGGUCGGAUUGGUGAAGGACGGCAUCGAUCUUCUACAUGCAAGUAAUAUUGAGCGUCGCAAUCGGAAUUAG